AUGGUGAAAUCUAAAGUGUGGACAUUAAAGCAGCAGUUUGAUGGACAACCUAAAUCAUCAGACUUUGAACUUGUAGACGAAGACCUUAUACCAUCUAUAGGUAGUCUCGAAUGGAAGCUUUUGGUCUAUUUUCAGUAUUGUUCAGAAUCAGGUUAUGAAUAUAAUACACAAUUCUAUUUUUCAGAGGUCUUGGUAGAGGCAGAAUAUCUCAGCGUAGAUCCUUAUAUGAGGGUUUAUAAAAAAGAAACUGGUAAACCAAUGAUUGGUUCUGGUGUUGGAAAAGUUCUAAAAAGUGCCAACACUAGUUACAAAGAAGGACAAAAAGUGUUCGUGAAUGCUGGAUGGCGCACUCACGCAAUAGUUAGUGAUAAACAUAGCCCAUACGAAGUAAGACACCUACCACCUCUUGGUGAUUUGCCAUUAUCAGCAGGUCUUGGUGUAAUGGGCAUGCCUGGGAUGACAGCUUACUUUGGAUUUAUUGAUACAUGUAAACCUAAAAUUGGAGAGACUGUACUGGUCAAUGGUGCAGCUGGUGCAGUUGGUAGUGUUGUAGGGCAGUUAGCCAAGAUAAAGGGUUGUACGGUAAUUGGUUUUGCCGGAAGUAAAGAGAAAUGUGAUUGGUUAACAUCAUUAGGUUUCGAUCAUGUUUUUAAUUAUAAAGAAACAGACGUGAAAACAGCCCUAAAUAAGUCAGCUCCUAAAGGAGUUGAUAUCUAUUUUGAUAAUGUUGGUGGUCAAUUUACAGUUGAUGCCUUACCAUACAUGAACACUUUCGGUAGAGUACUGGUUUGUGGAGCUAUUUCUACAUAUCAUGAUGGAAGUCCAAUGUUAAUGCCCAAUCCGUUUAUGUUUAUUCUACAGAAGAAAUUAACAGUGUAUGGUUUUAUUGUAACUGAUGUUUUAAAUAGGUGGAAUGAAGCUUUCCCUGAAAUGUUACUCUGGAUACAACAGGGAAAAUUGAAAUUUCGAGAAACUGUAACAGAGGGUUUCGACAAGAUGCCAGAAGCGUUUUUCUCCUUAUUUAGUGGUGGUAAUAUUGGUAAAGCAGUAGUGAAGGUUUAA